AUGGUUCUCUCUACCAUCAGUUCAACAAGUCGCCAGUCCACCGACAGUAGUAGGCUGCCCAACUUCACAUUUGGCGCCACCCGGUUACGGACGAACACGGCCCUCUCAAUUGAUGGCGAUGAAGCCUUGAAGAUAGUCACGGCAGAGCGGACAGUCCAGAUCAGUGAAGAAGAAUAUAAUGCUGUCAAACGGAAACUAGACUGGAUUAUUCCUCCGUUAUGCGCGCUGGUAUACUUGAACCAGUAUCUAGAUAAAACAACCUUGAAUUAUGCGAGUAUCAUGGGCUUCCCAAUUACCGGCGAAAGGUACAACCUGGUUGCCAUGGCCUUUUACAUCGGUUUCCUUGUAUGGGAGUUCCCGACAAUGUUCAUCGCGCAUAAGUCGAGAUUGGGCAAAUACCUGGGGAUGAACGUAGUGCUGUGGGGUGUCGUGCUGAUGCUUCACGCAGUUCCUACGACGUUUGGGCCCUUUUUUGCCUUGCGAUUUAUUCUCGGUAUGCUCGAAAGCUGCGCCGCGCCAGUACAGAUACUUAUCACCACAAUGUUCUACAAGAAAAAUGAGCAGUCCAUGCGAGUUGCAUGGUGGUAUCUUCAGAGCGGCACAGCAAGCGUAGUAGGAGGGCUCCUAGCCUACGGAAUCUCCUUUACCACAGAUGGUAGCAUUGCCGCCUGGAGGAUACUGUACCUCGUAUUUGGCGGCAUGGCGGUCGUUGUGGGGAUCAUGGUUCUCGUAUGGCUACCAGACUCUCCUUUGCACACAUGGAUGCUCAGUGAAGAUGAGAAGAUCAUUGCGCUUGAACGCGUCAGAGAGGAUCAGAUGGGAACUGAAAACAGGAAGAUAAAGAAGGACCAAGUCAUCGAAGCUUUUACCGAUAUCCGGACGUGGAUAAUCGCCCUCAUGAUUAUGCUAACGAGUAUACCCAAUGGCGGACUUGCUAACUUCAGCAACCUAAUUAUCAAGAGUUUCGGAUAUUCGACGAGAGAAACCUUACUCCUAUCGAUGCCUAGUGGGAUCGUAGCAGUACUUUGGCUCCUGCUUUUAUCCCACAUCUCUGAUAAAACUGGAGAACGGAUGGUACCCAUUGCCCUGACAGUUCUUCCUACUGUAGUGGGAGCAGCUAUUCUUAUUGGCUUAAACGGCACCGAUCACAAGGGGGCGCUGCUUUUUGCAAUUUAUAUCAUAAGCUGCUUCGGUGGAUCUGUGUCCUUCAUAUACGCGUACAACGCCGGCAACAUCAGCGGUCAUACGAAGAAAGUGACCGUGAAUGCCCUGACCCUCGUAUCCUUUAGCAUCGGGAAUAUCAUAGGAACGGAGACUUUCCAAGCCAAGGAUGCGCCCAGCUACAUCCCAGGGAAGCUGUCGAUAAUGAUACUGCUCGCGAUUGAGUUCUUCCUCUGUUUCCUGAUGCGCUGGAUUAACGUCCGGGAGAAUCGGAAGAAACGUCUGGGGCUAGAAGAGUUGAAACGAAUAAACGAGUGGUCGGACGAGGAUAUGGCAAAGGAUAGAGAACGGCAUGCCUUUUGGGACAUGACUGACAAGCAGAACCCGUACUUCACGUAUACAUUAUGAGAGUUCCGGUAGAUACGGACUGUAUAUUGCGACGAUGCCCUUAGCACAGUCAGGAUAGAUAUGGCAGUAGAUUGAGUGCCAGUGAUGGUACCAGUAGCUGCUGUUAAUGCGAAGCUUG